AUGGGGGAGGCCGAGGUGGGCGGCGGCGGCGCGGCCGGCGACAAGGGCCCCGGGGAGGCGGCCACCAGCCCGGCCGAGGAGACGGUGGUGUGGAGCCCCGAGGUGGAGGUGUGCCUCUUCCACGCCAUGCUGGGCCACAAGCCCGUCGGUGUGAACCGCCACUUCCACAUGAUCUGUAUCAGGGACAAGUUCAGCCAGAACAUCGGCCGGCAGGUGCCCUCCAAGGUCAUCUGGGACCACCUAAGCACCAUGUACGACAUGCAGGCACUGCACGAGUCUGAGAUUCUUCCAUUCCCGAACUCCGAGAGAAACUUUGUUCUCCCAGAAGAAAUCAUCCAGGAGGUUCGAGAAGGGAAAGUGAUCAUCGAGGAGGAAAUGAAGGAGGAGAUGAAGGAGGACGUGGACCCACACAGCGGGGCUGACGAUGUUUUUUCAUCUUCAGGAAGCUUGGGGAAAGCUACGGAGAAAUCGAGCAAAGACAAGAACUCCUCAGACUUGGGGUCCAAAGAUGGCGCGGAUAAGCGCAAGCGCAGCCGGGUCACCGACAAGGUCCUGACAGCCAACAGUAACCCCUCUAGUCCCAGCGCUGCCAAGCGGCGCCGGACAUAAGCUUUGGCCCCAAUGGGUCUGAAGGAAUGACUAUGUCUGUGUGUGGCUUCCUGGGCAUGCCAUGGAAAGUGGGCAGGAACCCCGGACAGCAAGUAGUAAAGCAUCCAAGGUUGCUCCUCUGUCCAUCUGUCUGCCCUCCUGAAGACGCUGCAGCCUCACAGACCCUCUCACAGCGGGACUGAAUGAAGCCUGCACACAAAUCCAGUUGCUCCUUCACUGUUUCCUUUUUAAGAAACCUGUUUGAGUGUUUCCUAGGAAGCCAAUGCUUCACAAGUGAAACUCAUGUUGGAUUUUUUUUUUCCUGAGAUGUUUGAAGUUCCUAACUACUGAGGUACUUUCUGCUCAGUUUUUAUAAGUCAGAUACCGAGAAUUUGUAGCGGUUAUUUUUGUAUUAUCCGGUAACGUGCAGACCGAGCGCCUUGACGGAGUCGGGUGCCCACUGGCCUGUGCCCACUGGCGGCUGGCACCAUCUGAGUGUCAUGCUUAUUAAAGCACAAACCAGCCUA